AUGUCGCGGAAAUUUGAUUUAAAGACGAUUGCCGACCUUUCUGUGCUUAUUGGAACAGGUAUAUCGCUAUACUAUUUGGUGAACAGGCUGCUUAACGAUGUAGAAGCAGGGCCCAUGUCUGGUAGAUCAAAGGAAUCCAAGAGCAGACAAUUAUCACAAUGGCAGAAGCUGAUUGACAAGAAUCCAGAACUGGCUAAGGUGGAGUUGAGUACCUAUGAAAAAAGCGUGCUUUCCUCUGUGGUUACCGCAGACGAACUGGCAGUGACCUUUAAGGACAUCGGUGGGCUGGAUUCUAUCAUUGCUGAUUUGCAUGAAAGCGUAGUGUAUCCGCUGAUGAUGCCUGAAGUGUACGAAAACAAUCCUUUACUGCAGGCUCCGAGCGGCGUGCUACUGUAUGGUCCGCCAGGAUGUGGUAAAACCAUGCUUGCCAAAGCUUUAGCAAACGAGAGUGGUGCCAAUUUCAUAUCGAUAAGAAUGUCCUCGGUAAUGGAUAAAUGGUAUGGUGAGUCGAACAAAAUCAUCGAUGCUAUGUUUUCCCUGGCGAGGAAGAUUCAGCCUUGCAUGAUAUUCAUCGAUGAGAUAGACUCCUUUCUGAGAGAGCGUGCUUCAAGUGAUCAUGAAGUGACCGCUAUGCUCAAGGCAGAAUUCAUGACUCUGUGGGAUGGACUGUUAACCAGUGGCCGUGUGAUGAUCGUCGGGGCCACAAAUCGCAUAAACGAUAUCGACGGGGCAUUUCUGCGGAGGCUUCCAAAGAGGUUUCUUAUCCCCCUACCGGGGAGAGACGAGCGCCUUAAGAUUCUAAAGGUGUUGUUGAAAGAUACCAAGACGGACGAUGGGCUUUUCAGCAUAGAGACCAUUGCUGCUCACACUAAUGGUCUAUCAGGCUCGGAUCUGAAAGAGAUCUGCAGAGAGGCAGCACUGAAUGCUGCAAAGGAGUACAUCAAGCUCAAGAGAGAGUACAUGAGCCAAAAUAGCGAAAAAAAUCCUCAAGAUUUUCCUGUACAGAUGAGGCCUCUUAGAACGUCGGACUUCAACGGAUUGCUAAAACUGGAUGCGCAGCAACCGCUCCAAUCCAUGUCGUUGGAUUAG